UAACAAAAUAAGUGCAUGCAGCCCCACUUACCCAACAAGAUCCAAGAAGACAAAAUAAGAGCCAGUGCUUCUUACCCAGACGUUGACGAGGUCUUUCAAUGGAAACUACAAGGAACCUACGUGAACAGUACCUUUUAUCCACUUAUAAGAACCAACACGCACACAGACGGCGGUGAUCAAUCAUGGGUUCCCUCCAAAUGACUCAUCAACACGUUGUGGUGAUGCGCCAUGGUGAUCGCCUCGACAACUUUGACCCGCUAUGGACCCAGAAGGCUGCUAGACCAUGGGAUCCCCCCUUGGUGUUCCAAGGAAAGGUUCGGGCAUUUGGUAUUGGUAGAAAAUUCAACAACUGCCUUGGUUUUCCGAUCCAUCGUGUCUUUGUAUCCCCGUUUCUUCGGUGUCUUCAGACCGCGUCUGAAGUCAUCCACGCGCUUUGCGCGGUUGAUGAUUGUGUGACUAGCAUGAGUUCUGCAGACGGUGUCUUGAUUGAUCCUUCUAAGCUCAAGGUGUCUGUUGACUAUGGACUAUGUGAAAUGAUGAACACGCGCGCGAUACGGGCGGAGAACGCCCCUAAAGAUGGAGACUUUGCUUUUAGUAUUUCAGAAUGUGAAGCGGUUUUACCACAAGGAACAAUCGAUUCAACUUUCGAACGAGUUUAUGAACAGUUGCCAAAGUGGGGAGAGUCAAGUGAGGGCGCUAGAGACAGAUACAAGAACAUUAUCAAGAUCCUUGCUGAUACAUACCCUACCGAAAACUUGUUGCUUGUUACACAUGGUGAAGGUGUAGAGGUUUCGGUCACUGAACACUCACGAGAUCACUUGCAUGUGCGGCGAGUAAAUUAUUGUGCAUAUUCGAUACUACAGAGAACACUCAAUGAAAAUGAAUCAGUUGCAGUUGGAGAAUUCGUGUGGUUAAAUAAAGGUGAUACCGGUAUUAUUAUUAGCCCCAGUUCCCCAGCAGCUGAUGAGAUAGUCAAGGAAACCUGAACUGCCAGUGUGUUAACCGAGUCAGUUAACCUUUCGGGUCAUGUUUCAAUAUAAAUAUGCGUUUGCUGGUUUUUAGCCGGGUUUAAUUUAGUAAAAAUUCUUAUGUGGUGAUUCUGAUUUAUGACAUGUAUUUUGAGUCAAUCCUAUAUAUAAUAAAACUUUUGGUUAUUAAA